UAUAUUUUUUUUUAUACUCCAACUACCACGAAGGCCUAAGGCCUAAGCACCCAUUGGGGGAUACAUGGGAAAGGGGGAACGCCACACGGACUCUGGCGAGGGAACACGUGUGCAUGCAACAUGGUUCCGCCUACGAGAACAGCCGGGUGGUACCUCCGCGUUCGACAGUCAGAGACCGUCUACCACCUACGGACAAUCACAACAUCCAUAGCAAGAGAAGA